CUUGGCGCGGGAAUUCAACCUGUGCUUGUGCCAGAAUUUGUGUACACUGUGGACGCCAGUGGUUCCAGCCAACGCAACAGUUCAGGGCGCAGAAAACGGACUCACGUUUGCUCAGAAUAAGAUGGACGAUCAGAAAGUAGAAAUUGGAUGGCAUCGUCAACCAGAGAGCGAGAUUGAGAGCGGUGGAGAUACUGGGAAUAUUUGUUAUUCCAGAACAUGGAGGAAGAUAAUU